AUGCGCUCAGGAACUUGUGCGGUUCAGCAGACCCUCACAGCGGAGGCUGCUUCAGUUUUGAAGCACUCUCUCAGCUUGGCAAGGAGGAGAGGCCAUGCUCAGGUCACUCCUCUUCAUGUGGCUGCCACUUUGCUCAGCUCAAGGACCAGUCUUUUGAGGAGGGCUUGUCUCAAAUCUCAGCCACACCAAACUUCUCAUCCUCUCCAAUGCAGAGCUCUUGAGCUUUGCUUCAAUGUGGCUCUCAACAGGCUCCCAACAACUCCUGGCCCUCUGCUCCAUGGCCAGCCCUCUCUCUCCAAUGCUCUGAUUGCAGCACUCAAGAGAGCACAAGCCCACCAGAGAAGGGGCUGCAUAGAACAACAGCAGCAGCAGCCACUUUAA